AUGCACAAAGACGUCGUCUUUGAGUACCCUGCAGGCGUAGAGAAACUGGGUGCCUCACCCCGCUGUCUAGUCCAGGGCAUGUACAAAAAAGGCCGCUUGAUUUCCGUCCAAGGCCACCCGGAGUUCACAGAGCCCAUUGUCUCGUACCUGGUCAAAAUGCGCGCCGAGCAGGGCAUCUUUGAGGAGCAGCAGGCUAGAGAUGCGCUGGACCGCGUCGCAAAGCAUCACGAUGGACUGGUGAUUGCAAAGGCGUUUCUCCGCUUCCUGCUCGAGGACUAA